AUGGUAUGCAAUGGAAACUGGAGCUUGGCCAGCACCUUCAUAGUUGUGGGGUUUGAGGCGGUUCGGGAGACUGAGCUCUUUCUGUUCUGCCUAUUCCUUAUUAUGUAUGUGAUCACCAUCGGAGCUCAUUUACUCAUUAUAGGACUUGUGGCUAUAGAUAGGUGUCUUCACAAACCAAUGUAUGUGUUUUUGACCAACUUCUCGGUGGCAGAGAUUGCAUAUAUCACAGCAACUAUUCCGAAGAUGCUUGAUGGUCUACUGACCCGGAACAAGGAGAUUUCAUAUUCUGCUUGUCUUGUUCAGUUUUAUUUCUUCUUUGCAUUUGGAGCCACUGAAAACUGUUUUCUCGUUGUGAUGGGAUAUGACCGCUAUGUAGCAAUCUGUCAGCCAUUGCACUAUACAACCAUGAUGGCCAAAAGGACAAGUUUGGGCUUGACAAUUGGAGCCUGGGCAAGUGGGUUAAUGGCAGCCACCUCGCCUGCUAUCUGGGUUUCUUCAUUGAAGUUUUGUUAUCCUAACCAAAUUGACCACUUCUUCUGCGAUUAUGCUCCUCUACUAAAGCUGUCUUGUGAGGACACGUCCAGAGGCGAAUUUACAUUCACUGUCUUAUCUUGGACUAUAGUUUUGGGUUGCUUUUUUCUAACUUUAGUGUCUUAUGCCUUCAUAAUUCACUGUGUUCUAAAAAUUCCUUCUGUUGAAGGACAGAAGAAGGCUUUCAGUACUUGCGCAUCACACCUCACAGUAGUGUCCAUAUUUAAUGGGACUGUUAUCUUCGUUUACCUACGUCCUACCUCCACAGUCCGGUUCACUUUCGACAAGGUGAUAUCUAUCUUUUACUGCGUGGUGACACCACUCAUGAACCCCAUUAUAUAUUGUCUGAGGAACACUGAUGUUAAGAAUGCCUUGUACAAGGUAUUAAAGAACUGUAGAGCAACACAGUAUGACUAA